AUGUGUUCUAAACCAAAAAAUGCUCAGGAUUCCGAGAAACCAAGUGCGAUGCGCGACGACGUGGCCAAGAUCGCCGCCUCGACUAGCAUCUUGAUUCUUUCAUGGAUAGUUCUAUAUCAUUCAUGUCGACGAGCAUCAACCGUCUAUUUCUUUGAGCUCGACUCAACUACUGUAAUAUUUAUGGAUAAAGUUCCUGCAAUGAUCCUUCCGUUUGUGUGUUCAAUCGUUUUGUACUUUGUGUAUUUAGGGACCAAAAGAAGUUCAGAUAUCGAAAGAGAUCGAGAAAUCGCAAGAGAGGCUGAAAAAGAGUUGAAGGCAUCUUCUUCCUUCAAUUCUCGAAAAGUUUCUCGCGAAAUCAGUCGUCGAGCAUCCGUUUCAUUGGGAGAUGAACAAGCAGAACAACAGCAAAGAAUUCGAAGGCUGCUUUCGGAUAUCGAAGAAGCUGAUAUUGAAAAUACAGUACGCAGUCACAGAAAACGAAUGGAAGAGGAAGAAGAUAUUGCACCAAAACAUGUUGAAGACGAUGAGAUAAACACAGAUACACCUCCUCCGAGAAAACUGACGUCCAGAUUUAUUGUGGAAAGUGCAGAAGACGGAAAUAAAAUAAUCAUUCCGCCAGAAUCUAUGUCAGUAACUCCUGAGGUUCGCAGUCGCACCAACUCAAAAAGCACACAUGACAUGCUCGCAACUCAUCGAGGAUCAUCUAGCAAUUGGGUAUCUGCCAGUCAAAGGUCAAGCAGAAAAUCAUCGUUCAGCGGAUCACCGGACAAAAACCAAAUGGUUUGGUCUUGCGGAGACGAGGGUUCUGCUGCAGAAAAAUGCGAUAUUUAUAAGAAAUUGGGAGAUGUCGAUCUGUUUUCAUAUUCACUGAGUGCACUGAGUCUGUUGCCAAGAAGUGACGAUGGACCGAGAGUUUACAUUCAGCUAGACCUUCUUGACAUCAUCGCUGAACUCUUCGCCGUCCAUGUUCCAAUCUGGGCCGCAGUAGCAUGUAUUCAUAUCAUUCUUCUGGAAUCAUUCAGUCAGCAUAUGUCAUUUUACUUCUACUACCAUGAGGAAUCAAUGAUGUAUGCAUCACUCCUCGUAUCGCUGUCGUUUGGCCUUUAUCAUGAAUGCUGUGGAAAUUGGAUCUCUAAUGAUAUUCUUGCAUUUGCUUCAAUCUACGUUGUUUGUUCUCGAAUUCAAGCUGUUAGCUACGAGACUGCGGUAAUUUUUGUUAUCGGAAUGUCUCUUUUCGAUCUCUUCUUCUUCUAUGUUAUUGACCUACUGAGUACGGUCACAAAGGAGAAUCGUGCUCCUCUGAUGAUUCUUGUGCCUCGUGAUACGAAAGGAAACAAGCAAAGCUUGGCAGCUCUCGACAUCAUGGUCCCUGGAAUCUUUCUAAAUGUUGUUCUCAAGUACAGCUCUAUGUACGAUUCAAAUCUUUUCGCUAUUACGUUUGCGGCAGUUUUUGCUUCACUUGUGAUCUCAGUCUUCUUCUCUAUUUGGAGAUCUAAAACCACUCCAGCUAUGGUUCUUCCUGCAAUCUCUGCAAUUAUCUUCUCAAUUGGGUUUGCCAAUCACGUUGAAGAUUUGUGGAAGUUCAUGAUCAAGCAUUAG